CAGUUAUGGUUCUGGGCUUCAGAACAUGUCUUUUUACUACGGAUGUAAUACUACUUCAAAUCCUACAGGGUUAAAUGUUUCCCUUGUUUGCAACAGUAGCGUCACUGUUUCCUAUCUCACACAAUCACAAACUAGUGAAGUCCCGAUUGAUCCAGUUGUAACUGGGGCAUGCCAAAGUGAGGUUCUGGUUCCGGUUUUUCAAACAGCUGCUCUGGCUAUCGAAAACAAUGUAACGACGAUCCAAGACGCCAUAGAUGGGGGUUUUGUACUGGGAUUGAAGAUUGAUAAUGGUCCAUGCAACAGUUGUGAGGCAUCAGGAGGGAAGUGUGGGAUGAACACUAGUAAUGAUGAAUUCAUAUGCUUUUGCCAAGAUCAGCCCUAUGCAGCAACCAGAUGUGGUAGUAAAUCAGGUUCAAGUUCGCUAUCGGUUGGUCCGAGUCAGCUUGCCUUAUUAGUUUUCCUAAUUAGUCUUUUGUAAUCCCUAAUGAUUUAGUUGAAUAUUCAUAAGUA